UUGAGGUCCACCAAACCAACUCUCAUAAAUCAUCCCCAAAAAGCCUCUUAAAUUCCGUAUCUAGCUAGCUUUCUUUCCUCAAAAAUCUUGCAAAUUAAGCAUUCAUGGCUAGGAGAGAGAGAUGCUCUGGGUGUGGGGUGCAACUUCAGGUUCCACCUGAAGCCCAAACCAUUCAGUGUGCUAUGUGCAAUUCCAUAACCAGGGUUCGAACCACAAAUUACCCUUUGGCGCAAGCCCAAGGCUCAAUCAACCAUGCAGCCAACCGGUUCAAAACCCUAAUCAGUACAGUCAUGCCCCAUAAUAUUCCUCCUGUGAGUAGCUAUGGCUUUACGGGAGGACCUAGUUAUGGCCAUGGCUACUACCCUCCUCCACUGCCCCGGCCAGCGAUGCCUCCUCCUUCCACUCAUGGAAAGAGGAGGGCAGUGCUUUGUGGAGUUAGCUAUCUUGGCACUAGUCGCCAGAUCAAAGGAAGUGUUAAUGAUAUUAGUUGCAUGAAAUAUUUUCUUGUUGAGAAAAUGGGUUUCCCAAAUGACUCCAUACUCAUCCUUACAGAAUACGAGAAUGACCCUCUCAGGAUUCCAACAAAACAAAACAUGAGGAUGGCCCUCCAUUGGCUUGUCCAUGGCUGCCAGUCAGGUGAUUCAUUAGUCUUCCACUACUCCGGCCACGGCUCGAGACAACGAGACUACGACAUGGACGAGGUGGACGGCUUCGACGAAACGUUAUGCCCCGUGGAUUACGAAAGCCAGGGAAUGAUAGUGGACGACGAAAUCAAUGCCACCAUUGUAAGGCCACUACCAAAAGGCGCAACUCUUCAUGCGCUCAUUGAUGCUUGCUACAGCGCAACAGUCCUCGAUCUGCCAUUCCUUUGUAGGAUGAACAAGGAAGGAUACUAUGUGUGGGAAGACCAUCGAAGUCCGUCGAUUUACAAAGGAACAGAUGGUGGUUUGGCUGUUUGUAUUAGUGCUUGUGAUGAUCAUCAGACCUCUGCAGAUACCAAUGCUUUAUCCGGAAACACACUGACAGGAGCGAUGACAUAUAGCUUUAUCCAGGCAGUGCAAAAUGAACCAGGCUUAACAUAUGGAAGGUUGCUGAAUGCCAUGAGGUUUGCAAUUCGUGAAGCUAGAACUGGUAUACGCCUAAGAGGUCCUAUUGCUUCUCUCCUCAACAAAUUGAUUGGAACAGAUCUGUCUCAGGAGCCCCAAAUUUCAUCAUCUGAGAAAUUCGACAUUUACAUGAAGCAAUUUGUACUAUAAAAGUCGUUGCCUCUUUUUUACUGAUUCGUAAGUAAAAAUUGCAAGUAGAUCUGAAUUUGAAGUGAUAUGAUUAAUUGUGUUUCACUUUAUUAUUAAUUUUGUGUAAAUUCGAUAAGUAAAUUCUGUAUAUAUGUAAUUAGUUUGUUUUCAUGUAUGAAUUUGGGAAGUAUAUCAGCAGAGAAGUAGAAUAUGUCUUGUCUAGUAUGUCUACUAGAUUUUAAAAUUGAUAAAAAUUCGUAUUUCUUAUUAAUAAUUAAAAAACAAAAAA